CUUUUGUUUCUUUUAUACAAAAGAGUGCUAUAAAUCCAAAACACAGUGCAUAGUGUAAUGUUAACGCAAUUAUUAUACAAUUCAAAAGGCUGUGGUUUGUCUGACAAUAUAUCACAGUCCUUAAGACAUUGCUCAACACUCUGACAGCUUAUAUCAUGAGUGUUCUAUUAUUUCAUGACAGUAUAUACGAAUUACGAUCAGUGUAGUUUUCACAAAUCAUUAAUCAACAUCAUUGAGGAUCAAUUUUAAAUGAUGUCAGUUAAUAUGGAAGAGGAAGAUAUGGUACAAGCAGGCAGAACUCGUGACAGUCAAGCAAAAGAAGCAGCCAGGAUUAUUUAUGAAAGUUCUGGACAACCAAUUAGGCAAUCAAGCAUUUCACCAAACUAUGUACCAAAUGGUGUAAAUUCCUCUAAUAGUGAUUCAUGGAUGCAUGGAGGAAUGCUCCAGAUGUCAGCAGUCAGGAGGACAUUUUGUUUAUUGGUGACCUUUGACAUUGGUUUGAUUUUUAUAAUAUGGGUGAUAUAUACUCAGUUACUACCAACAUCAGGUGUUAACAAUAGAUGGGACCAGUUUAUAGACCAAGUACAAAGAUAUGACAUUUAUAAAUCACUAUUUGAUAUAGUUAUGCUGUCAACAGUUAGACUCACCCUGUUGUUACUAGCAUAUGCAUUAUUUAGAAUAAAUCAUUGGUGGAUGAUAGCAAUUACAACUACAUUAUCCUGCACAUUCCUGCUGGCAAAAUGUUUUGUGUUUAAUUUUGCUGAUAUGGAGCAUGAUAAUGCAUUAGGAUAUGUACUGCUGAUAGUAUCAUUUAGCAUGGCAUGGGUUGAGACAUGGUUUCUGGAUUUUAAAGUCUUGCCAUCUGAGAAAAAGGCAAGAAAGAAAGUAACUAUGGGUCAACAUGAUGAACGAUCGCCCUUGCUUGGAGAUGUAGAAGGUCAGAGACAUGGUCGUGAAUAUGCUGAAUACUACAGUCCAGAAAACAGUGAUGAAUCUGAUACAGAUCUGGAGAGAAGUGAAGGGACGAGAGGUCACAGUAGACAGGCAAGUCACUCCUCUGUUAACAGUUUUAUCAGUUUUAGGGAGCAAGAAUACAUUCAGUUAGGUGAUGAGUUAAUGGACAUUGUUUGGGAAAUGCAUCAAACUAAAGAUGGUUGGAAACUAGAGAAGGGAGAUAACCCAGAAGAUGGCAUUGUUCACAGUAUAUACAAUAAAAAAAUUAAAAGGAAAGUUUAUAGACUACAGAGUGAGGUAGAUUUUAGAGCUCAAUAUCUAUGGGAGGAGUGUGCCUAUCAGUUAGAAGAGAAUUCUCACUGGAACCCAACUUGUGUAGAAAGCAGAGUAUUACAAGCCAUCAAUGAAAAUACAGACAUAGCCUAUACCAUUGCAGCUGAAGCUGCUGGAGGUAUUGUGGCAGCACGAGACUUUGUUAAUCUACGAAGAUGGGGAGAGAGAAAUGGACAAUAUCUAUCUUUAGUUACACACACAACUUUCUCAGGGAUGCCUCAUCAGAAAAAAUAUGUCAGAGGUGAAAAUGGUUCCGGAGGAUUUUUAUUUGUACCUAUACCAAAUGAGCAACAUAAAUGUCAAUUUUUAUGGUAUCUCAAUACAAAUCUAAAGGGAUGGUUACCACAGCAGGCUAUCGAUGUGGGACUAACAGGAGUAAUGCUUGACUACUUAAAGUAUCUUAGAAUACACAUUGAAGAUCUCAAAAAUAGGGAAAAAUCCUGAGAAUAUAGAAAAGGAGAGAAAGAAUUGUGUUUUCAUUUUAACAAAAUAAGCAUUCUGUGAUUACAGUGAUUUAAAAUUAAGGUUGAUUUGAUUACAUGUUAUUGUAUGACAGAAGAAUAAGUCACUUAUUAUGUGUAUGAAGUUAAAGAUUUUUGGUAUGUGUGAAAUUUGCGAUGAUAUAUAUAUAUAUAUAGAUGGAUAACCUUUGUUUUUAAAUAGUUAGAUAAUGACCCAUGUAAAUAUUUUCAAUUUUAUUUGUAGAUCUUAACUCAAAAAACAACAUUUUAACAGAAUUUUAUCUUAUUUUCGUGUGGGCAGUGUAAAUUAUGUCCUUAUGUUUAAUUUGUUCUAAUAAGACAAUUUAUUAAGUUUCAUGGAUUGUCUCUGAGAGUCAUGGGUUCAAGCAGCUUGUUUUGUGACAUUUGAAGGCUCCUCAAAAUAUCAUAAAAUCCUCAUGUUAAAAAUGUUUAAAAUAUUAACUGUAUUGAUACAAUAUAUAUUUUUGAAUCGCCAGUAGUUAAUCUUGAUGAUAAAUUGAUGGGGUUAAGGUUUAGUGCAAACGGGACGUAUAUUAAUUUAUGAUAUACGAUUAUCCAUCGGUCCGUGCGUCUUACCGUCCGUCGUCAACAUGUCGGACAUUAACCUAAAAAUGUAUUCACCAAAUUGCAUUCUGGUGAAUUGUUUAUAUCUAUCGAACAGCGGUAUACUAAUGUUGCCUUUAUUUAUAUAUUUUUUUGAUUUUUAUACGACCGCAAAUUUUGAAAAAAUUUUCGUCGUAUAUUGCUAUCACGUUGGCGUCGUCGUCGUAAUAUUUUAUGAUGUAUUUAAAUGAGUAGUAAUUGUUGCAAACUCCAUUAGAAUAUUUUAAUUGAAAUUAGUUUUGGAAUAAGGGAAAGGGGGAUGUGAUUAAAAAAUUGGGUUCAAUUUUUCUCAUUUGAAAUUUCAUAAAUAAAAAGAAAAUUUCUUCAAACAUUUUUUUGAGAGGAUUAAUAUUCAACAGCAUAGUGAAUUGCUCUAAGAGAAAACAAAAAUAUUAAGUUCAUUUGAAUACAUUCAUUCUGUGUCAGAAACCUAUGCUGUGUCAACUAUAUAAUCACAAUCCAAAUUUAGAGCGGAAUCCAGCUUGAAUGUUGUGUCCAUACUUGCCCCAACCGUUCAGGGUUCAACCUCUGCGGUCGUAUAAAGCUACGCCCUGCGGAGCAUCUGGUUUAAAUUUCAGAUUUUACAUUUCCGAGUUGUGGGAUCUUCAUUAAAAAAAGGGUGAUUUUCCAGUUUUCGGACAAUCACUCAAAAAAGCCUAAGGUUCAUGAAACUUUGGUGAAUUUCUGAUAUUACAUUGAGAAGUCAUUGAACUUCAUUCUUCAAAAACAUCAUGGGCCUAUCAUGGGCUCAUGGCGCAGCUGUUUAUCAAUUGAAGAGACAAUUUUCUCAUAGAAAUCAAAGCUCCUGCAGAUGCAUAUAAAUAAAGGCAACAGUAGUAUACCACUGUUCAAUCUCAUAUAUCCAUGGACAAAAAAAAAUCGGGGUAACAAACUAAAACCGAGGGAAACCCAUAAAAAUAUUAUCGAACAAAGACACAACACUAAAAUUUAACACACACAGAAACGGACCAAGCAUUAGACAAAAUCCCACGAGAAUAACAAAUAUAACAUCAAAACCAAAUACAUGAAUUUGGGAUUGACAAUAACCUUGACACGUCUUAUCGCAAUGUGAAUUUACACUAAAAAAUAAGAGAAAACAAACGACGCAACGUUAAAAUGAAACACACACAGAAACGAACAAUAAUAUAACAAUGGCAGUAUUCCUGACUUGGUACAGGACAUUUAGGAAAAAAUGAUGGGUUGAACAUUGUUUUGUGGCAUGCCAAACCUCGCACUUUAAUGGCAAUGUUAAACUAACAUUGAAAUGACAACAUAAUAUUACAGGUCUACAAUACAAAUAAAUAGGAGAACGUAUUAGACAAAGAAACACGUCAUGAUUAAUAGAUAACAAAAAGCAUAAGGUUUAAACUAAAACAAAUACUUGUUGAUAAAAAUAAAACAUUUUUAAAUGUGAACCAAGUACUGCAGUUACUGAUAUUAAGCUUACUAUGAAUUGGCAAUUAACUCACUCUUCAAAUUGAAGAAAUAGAAAAAAAACAUGAAAUUAAAAAUGAAAGUAAAUAUUGUUCAAAUUGUACAACAAAACUAGGUAAACUUUAAUCAAUUAUUGUAAUUUAAAGUAAUAUGCUUUUUGUUACUGUUUUGUUACUCAGUAAUAAAAAAUCUUGCUCUUAGUUAUCAUCUCUGAUCAACUGAUUAUUUAUCAGGUUAAUAUUUAAGGUGAGUUAAAAAUGUGACAUAAUUAUAUAGAGUAUCUAGUGCUAUAUUUCCUCUAAACUUCAUGGCAAUAUGUAUGAACUUAUCAUGAUAAAAUAGUUUACAAUGGUUAUCUUUUCUUUUGCCUAAAUUUAUGUUUGGGUUGAAUGUGAUACAGACAGACAUCAGAAUUCCUCCAUCUCCUCAUUGUAGCUGGGAACAGUAAGAGGAAACAAACAAGCAGUUUGAAUAAUAUACUAUUACAGAGGAAAAGUAGCAAGUGCAUCAUAGCAAUAUACUUUUUUUUAUAUAGUUACUUAAUAAACAAUGACAUUUAUAAUUUAA